AUGACGAGGACGGGCUUGACUGCCUCUCCCCUCGCCAGGGCGCCCGCUUGCGUGCUGUGCAGACAAUUGACCGUCGGUCGAGGUCCCACGAGGAUACACAGAGCCGCCCUUCACACCAGUCCACGAAGAGACUCUGCCUGGGCCGCUGCCGUCCAGGUCGCCUCCAAUGUCGUGGGCAAUGUCGUCAAGAAGGCCACACAGGAUAGGAUGCAUGUCGACCCCCUCCGGACUGUGGCCAAGGAGAUGAAGUUUCUCACGGGCAAUAUCCGCAAGCUUCUGGGCUCUGGUCACCCCUCACUCGACCGCGCCGCAAAGUACUACACCCAGGCCGAGGGCAAGCACGUCAGGCCCUUGAUUGUCCUCCUCAUGAGCAGAGCCACCUACCUCUGCCCCAAGGCACCUCCUACUGCUCCCACGCCCACCAGUCGAGGCAUUGACACCUCGAUAUCUCCCGUCCAGAUCCUCGCCGAUGUAAACCCUUCAGCCCAGCCGAUCUCGGCCGUCGAGACAGAGGUUCUCGAUGCCAAUUCAGAUAUUCUCCCCAGCCAGCGGCGGUUGGCAGAGAUCACGGAGCUGAUCCACACGGCCUCGCUGCUUCACGACGACGUUAUCGACCAUUCCAUCUCGAGACGAGGUUCGCCGUCGGCCAACUUGGAGUUUGGCAACAAGAUGGCUGUUUUGGCUGGUGACUUUUUGCUCGGCCGGGCAUCUGUUGCGCUCGCUCGUCUCCGCAACCCCGAGGUCGUCGAGCUGUUGGCUACUGUCAUCGCCAACCUCGUCGAGGGCGAGUUUAUGCAGCUCAAGAACACGGAACGUGACGAGCGGAACCCCAAGUGGUCCGAGGAGACGGUCAGCUACUACCUCCAAAAGACAUACCUCAAGACGGCUUCCCUCAUCUCCAAGUCAUGUCGGGCGGCGGCUCUGCUGGGCAACUCGGACCCCGUGACGGUGGACGCGGCUUAUUCGUACGGACGCAACUUGGGACUGGCGUUCCAGCUGGUGGACGACCUUUUGGACUACACGCAAAGCGGGACGGACCUGGGAAAGCCUGCGGGGGCGGAUCUUGAGCUGGGCUUGGCAACAGCACCGCUGCUGUUUGCGUGGAAGCAGAUGCCGGAGCUCGGAGCUCUCGUUGGCCGCAAGUUUGAGAAGGAGGGUGACGUAGAGAGGGCACGUGAGCUGGUGCUCCAGAGCGACGGUAUCGAGCAGACACGAGCUCUUGCGCAAGAGUACGUGGACAAGGCGAUCGCGUCGAUUGCGGAAUUCCCCGAGAGCGAGGCCAAGGACGGCUUGAUCGAGAUGGCACACAAGUCACUGAAGCGUCAGAAGUGA